AUGGACGAGGCGGCGCCGCUCGAAGCCGGCGCCGGGACGGCAGCGCCGCUGACGCGCGAGGACCGCGGGAGGAUCGUCGUCAACGUGUCGGGGCUGCGCUUCGAGACGCGGCUCGAGACGCUCGAGCGGUUCCCGGACACCCUCCUGGGCGACCCCGGCAAGAGGUCGCGCUUCUACGACCCCCUGCGCGACGAGUACUUCUUGGACAGGAACCGGCCGAGCUUCGACGCCAUCCUCUGCUACUACCAGUCCGGCGGGCGGCUCAGGCGGCCGGCCAACGUCUCAGUCGACGUGUUCGGCGAGGAGAUCGAGUUCUACGAGCUCAGCGGCGAGGCCGUGGUCAAGUUCCGGGAGGACGAGGGCUUAAUCCAGGAGGAGGAGGAGGAGGAGCCGCUGCCAUCGGACGAGUUCCAGCGGCGGGUGUGGCUGCUGUUCGAGUACUCCGAGAGCUCCGUCCCGGCCAGGGGAAUUGGCAUCGUUUCCGUACUGGUCAUUCUCAUCUCCAUCGUCGUAUUCUGCCUCGAGACUCUGCCUGAAUUCAGGGACGAGAAUAGACGGAAUUUUCUCCCGGCAAAGGACGUCAACGACACGCGGGUCGAAAGUACGAAUCGCAGCCCUUUCACAGAUCCAUUUUUUAUUGUGGAAACCAUUUGCAUCAUUUGGUUUUCCUUUGAGCUGCUGGUGAGAUUUUUGACGUGUCCCAACAAACCAGGAUUUUUCAAAAGCAUCAUGAACAUCAUCGACAUCGUGGCCAUUCUACCCUUCUUCGUUACCCUCGGCACAGAGAUGGCCAAGCAGGCCACGUCGCUGGAGAUUUUGAAGGUGAUCCAGCUGGUGCGAGUGUUCCGUAUAUUCAAGAUGUCCAGGCACUCCAGGGGCUUGAAGAUUCUGGGCCGGACUUUGAAGGCGAGCACGAGAGAGCUGGGCCUGCUCGUGUUUUUCCUCCUCGUCGGCGUCGUCCUCUUCUCCAGCGCCGUCUACUACGCCGAGGCCGACCAACAAAACUCGGAGUUCCGCAGCAUCCCCGACGCCUUCUGGUGGGCCGUCGUAACGAUGACGACGGUGGGCUACGGCGACAUGUGUCCCGUGACCGCGGUGGGCAAGAUCGUGGGCUCGCUGUGCGCCAUCGCCGGCGUGCUCACCAUCGCCCUCCCCGUGCCCGUCAUCGUCUCAAACUUCAACUACUUUUACCGCCGCGAGGCGCACGGCGACAAGCAUGCUCCUGCAAGCCGCUCGACCGCAACUGCGUCGACAAGAGGCGUCGAGGCCGAUGUCUGAUGCCCCCGCUUUCCAAGUCGUCACGGA